AUGGCUGGCACGAUAUUGCACAAGGGCACCGAAAACCACUGCAAACUUGUGCCUCAACAAGCAGGACCUUCCGGAACAUUUGCAGCUAUGAACACUCAUUACGUCGAAUCAGCACAGACAAUGGUUAUCGCACCCGAGGAGAGUGAUUCAGACCCGUGGAGCUCGAGCGACGACGAAGAUUCCUCUAGUGAAAACGAGACCGAGAGUGGAGGAAACAGUGCGUCUAGCGCGUCCGACCCUGAUGAAGACUACGGCCUUCCACCCGCCGUCAAAAGUGCAUACCAUCUACAUCUGAAAUACGAAGAUAAAGCUAUGCGUGCCUUGGAACAUGCUACGUCGAUGAUAGAAGAAGAAGAGUCGACACAAGAAGCCGCUAGCGGAUCAAUCAACGCCCCAACCUUACCUAUCUACGGUGAAUAUACGUUGUAUUCUCCCGUAUACCUCCAGACUCACUAUAAGAACUUUCCAACUCUUUGGACCGACCAGUUCGCCAGCACAUGGACGGCAGGCAGUAUCUGUUUCGAGAAACAUUUGGGAAGUGAUGGCGAUCUUGGGGCUGAAUGUGUAAUCCCUGGGAUCGAACGUCCCCUUACAUUCGGGUAUUUCGAGGCAUUGGACCGCGUUUGCCAGGGAGAUCGCCGCCCGGAAGACGAUGGUGUCAUUUCUCCGAACGAGGAUACAAAAGGCAUAUCACUGUGGUUCUGUGAGGGUCCAUAUCUGAUCAUUGCGAUACCACCGGAAGAACUGGGUGGUACUGCUGAUGAGUACCACUACGUGUUCGUUGGGAUCCUGGAUAAAACAGAAGAAGACAUGGCAACUACAGGACUCGUAACGGACUAUAAGAGCAGAUCAGCAUCACAAGACGAAGCGCCGUACACCUUCACUUUACCCCAAAGUCGCACACGAUAUCUUGCGCCGACGUCUUCGACUGGACCGAAACCCAGCGAUCAAGGUUCAUGUCAGCUAUGCAGGCGUGCUGAUCUCUUUUCCGGUAAGUAUACAUUCUAA